AUGACGCUCUAUUACACUCUUGUAUUCCUCCUUUUGGUGCUCGAAAUGGUCAUCUUUGUCGGCCUGAUUGUUCCUCUGCCUUUCACUUGGAAGCGAGCGCUGUUUACAUUUAUAUCGGAAAGCCCCAUUGUCGCGAAGUUGCAAUAUGGAAUGAAGAUUACUUUUAUUUUCAUUCUCAUCCUCUUUAUCGAUAGUGUCAACCGGGUCUACCGCGUUCAGAUCGAACUAUCUGCGUACUCCAAGGAUGGGACUGCGGCUGGCAUCAGAGCUAGCGCCAUUGGCUCUGAACGAAUGGAAGUUCAAGCUCGAAAAUUCUAUUCCCAGCGUAACAUGUAUCUUUGCGGCUUUACCUUGUUCCUCUCUCUCAUUCUGAACCGUACAUACACCAUGAUCCUUGAGAUUCUUCGACUUGAGGAUAAAGUCAAGCAGCUCCAAGGUGACAAGACCGCUGGUGGAAAAGAUUCCGCUCGCCUUGCCGCUGCAGGUGAUAUGGGUGAGAUUGGUCGUUUGAAGAAGGAGCUUGCCUCCCGGGAGAAAGAUCUUGAAGCUAUGAAGAAGCAGAGCGAGGGUCUUUCAAAGGAAUACGCGGAGCUGAGCGAUAAAUUCUCCAAGGAGAACCCUAACCCUACCCCAAAAAAAGAGCGGUAA